AUGGCGGACGAAAAGGCAGGAGAAACCGUGGAAAAAGAACUAACAGCGAAACAGCGCAAAAAUAGAAAGAAAAAGGAAGCGGCGAAGCGUAAAAAACAGGAGCAAAGUCUUAAGGUAUCCCAUUGAGAAUCUCUUUUGUGAAAUUCGCCAUUUGCCCGUGCAUAAGCGCUAAUGAAUUUAUAAAAUUAAACACUGAGCCACAUUUUUGUAGGAAUCAGGGAGGGCAAUAGGAGAAAGUGAAGUGAAUAAUGAUAAAGAGAAAGUACCAGGAACAGAAGAGGUAAAAAUAAUGAAUGUACGCAUUUCCUUCUUGAAAUCUCGUCAAUCGUACUGAGUUUGUUAGCAAAAACGACAAACAAAAGUUUUUUCUUCACAUGUUUUGCUUCAGACACCGGAGGAAAAAUUUCAUCGUGAGCUAAACUGGUGUAUUGAGCAACUUGAAAUGGGUCUUGCCUUUCAGAAACCGGACAAAAAACAAGGUGUGUCUGUUGUGGCUCAUUUAAAUCUUUUUUUGUUUGUUUGUUUUAAACUCAGGUAUUAUCAUACAUUAACCAAUAUCCAGAAAAAAGGAAAAUAAAAUUCAAAGCAAGGUUAACCACAACGGAUAAAACUGAACUACUAACUACUAGCCAACAGUGUGAUAGUUAUAUCUGAAAUCCCUGGAAGUAGCACUGACUGCCUAAUUGUAAUCAAUAUGGUGUGUGUCCCUUUUCUUUUGGCCUCAGUUUUGUUUACACUCUCCUCAAGAUGUCUGUGAAGACUGCUCUUCGAUUUAUAGUAUUUUUAUAAAAAAAUUCACUUGCCCUUUUUUGUUUUGAUUUGUUAUCUUUGUUGCCAUCUCAAGCUGAGUCAUGUUUAAAAAAAAAUAGAUGAACUAGCAACUUCUUCUGACUCAAAGAAUUUUCGUUAUUUUACUAACAUUUUUUCUACUAAUACUUUUUUAGCUGAAGUUGCACAUCGUCAUUUACGAUCUUUGAAGUCAUCCAAAACUCCCAUGGUAAGAUAGAUAGAUUUCUUCAGACUUAAAUUAAGAACUUGAUAGUCUUAUUCCUGGAAUAUGCUCAUGACAAAAAAAAUCUUAAAUGUCAAACAUUCUGCUCUUUUUUCAUUUUCAGCCUAGGAAAAGGCAAAUUAUGUAUUCAUUGUUUGGAGACUACAGGAAAAAGAUCCAAGAUGAUCAACGCAAUCAAAGACAAGGUUGUUUCGCAAGUCACACUCGCUUCCGUUUCAGUUAAUUAUUGUUGAUUCACUGACUGUUUAAUGUAAUAGGAUGGCUUAAAUUAAGCUCGUAGAGUUAAGAGACCUCUUCAGAGUUUUGUUGGAGUAGCCUUUUCUUUUCAUUUUAUCGUUUCUUUUAUGCAUCGCUAGGAGUUGGACAGCGUAAGUGAUUGUGACUUUCAAUGUUCUAUUUGUUUUAGUUUCGAACUCGAGCCAUAUUUUUUAUUGUAGUCUUCGAGUCACAGACAAACCAGCAAAACUGUAAACACUUGAAAUAUUUCAGGAAAUAUGUUUAUGGUGUUACAACCAAUCAGAACUAAAAUCAGGACAUGCAAACUAGCCACAAAACCACAAAUUAAUAAUACAUCUUAGUGUUUUUUUCUCUAACCUGAUUGUCUUUUUUCUUGCAACACAAUAACAUUCCAGAAAUACUUCUGGUGUUCAUGGUUGUCCCAGUUUGAUUGUAAUACAGUGAAACCCCUAUUAAGCUGACACCUUCACCACCUUCCCAAUUGUCCACUUAAUAGAGUGUGUCCACUUCAUAGGGGUUUGUAAAAAUUGCACAAUGUUUGUUAACAAUUAACUUUCAACAGUUACUCUGUACUGGGAUAAAGUUUCAUGUUGUUAAGGAAGCUAAGGAAGCUCUGAUGUACUUUGUGCAAGAUUUUCGGUCUAAUCUACAGUUUAUUGAUAGCUAAAUGUAUUGAUUUAUUUUUAUCAAUCGACUACAGUAUGUAUUUCAAGGACAUAAUCCAAUCCUACUGUUGUCAAUUCAGUCCACUGUCUGCUUAAUAAAGGUUAUUAACAAUAAAUAUUAGUCAAAAUUGUAAAGGGAAAUAUAACACGUUAAUUUAUAGACCCGGCUUUGUGUCAGCUUAAUAGACGUUUCACUGUACUAUUGUUUAUUGAUAUUGGUCUCUCCUGAUUACACCUCUAGAGUCAGCUGCAGUUGUUAGUCCAAAGCUAUCCUCUGUUAAGCAAGAAGACCAGAAGAGCAUAUUCGUCAAAGUUUGCCAAGUGAAAUCUACAGAUUCUGGAAGACAGGUUGAUAAUACAAUUUUGUGUGUUGAGUUGAGAGCUUUGUAGAUUGUUAAUUCCAGAGAUGGAUCUAGAGCAGUUUCCUGUCCACAAGUUGUCAUCACUUUGGGGCAAAGAAAGCAGGGAGCUAGCUUCCAGAAUAGUCUAACCAUUGAUGUACCAAAAAUGGAUAGAUUUUUACUUUUUUUCACUUUAUUUUCUACAAAAUGUCAGACUUUCUAGGGAUUUGCCUCUUGAUUCCCAGAGAUUAUAGCACUGUUAUGUUAAAAAUAUUAUGACAAUUUUACAGUAGAACCCUGGUAUCUCGAACUCUGAAGGGAAUGAAAAACACUUUGAGUUAGUUGGGAAUUUGAGUUAUCAGGGUAGAUUUCAGUGACAUUUUGAUUAAGGGAAAGGAAAUUUAGUUCAAGUCAGUGGAGAAUUUGAGUUAGCGAGGUUCUGCUGUACGCUGAAAAUAGGCUCCUUUUUUGCAGAAAGCUCCAGAAGAAGAAAAUGAUGCAUUGAAUGAGAACUGGAAAUUUCAAAAGUCAGAUAAUAGUUUUAAAUUUAAUUUUGCUGCAAGUGCAGAAUAUUCAUGA